AUGGCAUCGCAACAGGACGAUCCUGGGUUCACCUUUCCUCAGGAGGUGGCGUACACCGUCGCCCCGAUCAUUUCAGGUCUCUUGUCGACCUUGGGAUCAACGGCGAUUAUCUGGAUGAUCUUGACGGAUUGGAAUCGAAAAAUUCGUCGUGUCAAGUACCGAAUAUUGUUGGGCUUGAGUUUGUCGGACGCCCUGAGUUCGAUAGUACAGAUGUUCUGGGGAAUCAUGCUGCCCAAGGGGACACCGGGUUCAUGGGGGGCUAUUGGGAACAAGGCAACCUGCAGUGCGCACGGAUUUAUUCUGCAGUUUGGCCUUUCGGGGAGCUUUUACAAUACGGCGUUGUCAGCCUAUUUCUACAAAUCCAUCUGCUUCGGCAUGACCGACGCAACGUUCGCCGCCAAGUACGAACUCUGGAUUCAUCUGACGUCCGUUCUCUUUCCGUUGGCAACCGCCGUAGGCGCAUUGAUUCUGGACAUUUACAGUGUCACCGGAGGAGGGUGUUACAUUGCUCCGGACCCGCUACGAUGUCACCGCCGCGACGACGUAGAGUGCCUGCGGGGAGAAAACGCCUACAAAUACUCCUGGGCAGUCGCCGGAGUACCCGUGGUCAUUUUCCUCCUCUAUAUUACCUACACGAUGUUCCGGAUUUAUCAAAAAGUUCGCCAAGUCUCCCGACGCUCGGAACGAUUCGAGUUUCGCUCAACGCGCGUGUCCUACGAAAUGCCCGAUUCGGAAAAUCCGUCGGAAGAACAACGGCGACAGUCCGUGAACGGCCAAGAUAGCAACGACAACUUUUCGCUCCGCGAAUUGGUUGAGCAGCAUGGGGAUACCACGGAACUGCAGCGGCCUCCCGCGGUUUCAUUCCAGCUCACUGGUGGCAAUACUGGCACGUCAUCCGGAACCGCUUCACCUCCUCCGACUCACCCUCUUCCUUCGGCUUCGUCGCGGGGAAGGACUUCUUUCAACAGCAGAAGAUCCAUCCAGGAUUCCAACCGUGUCAGCCGUAUCCGAGAGACAGCCAUCCAAGCUUUCCUAUACGUCGUUGCUUUCUUUGGAACCCACUUUCCGUCCUUUAUUCUCAACAAUUUGGAAAUGUUUGGGGGCACCAGUCCCUUUUAUUUGGUCUUCUUGGCUUCAUUCGCCUGGCCCUUGCAAGGUUUCUUCAACCUCUUUGUGUUUUUGCGACCGAGAAUACGUAGCUGCCGUCGACAAGAGCCAUCCUUGUCCUACUGCAAGGCCGCCUAUCUGGCGUUGUUCCACUACGACGAAGCUCGCGGUCGUGUCAACGAGUCGCAACUCACGGACGCCACCCCGGAUGCGGCGAAGUUUCCUAGUGGCUCGGACUCGUGCAACGGCAGCCAAGCUCUGCAAAUGAUACGUGUAUCACGUCUCGAAUCCAUUGACGACAAUGACUAUCGAGAAGAAAGCUUGUCUUCUGCGUCCGCCUACGAAGACGAAACCAACAACGGGCCCUCCACGCUCGAUACCGUUGAAAGCUACCCAGCGAGUCAAGUCCCCGACACGGCAACGAUGGCGGACGAAGAAAGCUACUCGCCGGACUCUUUCGAAGCUUCCAAGGAAAUCAAGCACGUUGUUUCUCUUUUACGGACAAAAGAGCACCCGGAAGAGAAUCAGGACCAUGACCGAAAUUAA